AUGAAUAAAAUCGUCAACAAGUCGAUGAUAGGCGUGGCUAAGCGUAUUAUGAUGUGCCGACCUACACAUUUCAAAGUUAAUUACUCAAUCAAUCCAUGGAUGGAUGAAAAAGUUCAAGCCGAUUUCGAGAAAGCAACAAAACAAUGGAACACUUUGAAGUCGACAAUCGAGAAAUGUGGUGCUGAAGUGGUGGUAAUGGAAUCUGAAGACGCUCGUGACUAUCCAGAUAUAGUAUUCUGUGCAAACGCUGGAAUCCUCCGUGGCAAGAAAAUCUAUCUAUCACAUUUUGCGUUUCCCGAAAGAUAUGGAGAGCACGUCUUCUACAAACGAUUUUUCGAUGAACUAGGAUUCGAGACGUCGUUCAACCGAAAAAUCAUUCAUGAAGGUGCCGGUGAUGCGUUAUGGUGUGGAGAAGGAAUGAAUAUUCUUGUGAGUGGAGUUGGUCCACGAUCUGAUGUCCAGGCAUGUGAAGAUAUUCAACAGAAGAUCAAAUUGAAUGCGGACGAUAAAUUCUAUGUCGUGGCUGCUCGUCUAGUGGAUCCUCGAUUUUAUCAUGUGGAUACAUGCUUCUGUCCAUUAGAUGAAAACCUCGCAAUGGCAUAUAUGCCAGCAUUUGAUAGUGUUUCGCAGAACAAUAUUAGAAACUACACUGAACUUUUGCCGGUCCCCGAAAAGGAUGCACGUCGGUUUGUUUGUAAUUCAGUGGUUAUUGGAAAACAUGUAAUUGUACACCAUGGAUCUGAUAUAACAUUCAAGUUGCUCGAGAAACAUGGAUAUCAAGUUCAUCCAAUCGAUAUGAGCGAAUUCAUGAAGGCUGGUGGAUCGGCAAAAUGUUGUACUUUGAGAUUAGAAUAA